GAAUGCAUGCACUGCCACAAGACCUUCAACUACAACAGCACCAAUGGCACUAGUGGCCUCCGCAAUCACCGGAGCAAGUGCAGCCCUGGGACUCAAAAGAGGCCAAGGCAGCAUGAGAAUACUCCCUUGCCAUAUAUACAGAAAAGCACAGCAGACCCAAAACAGAAGAAGCUCCCAUUCCUUGUAUCCAGCAAAAACAAAUGCAUGGGAACAUCAGAUGAAAUCCCUGAGCAGGAUCUUGCCUUCCUGGACACACAUACUGACAAGAAUGGGAAAAAACAGGAGGUUGAUCAGAAUGGGCCUCAUGAGGUACUUGCAGCACCUGAGCUUUCCACUGAUCAGCAAAAGAAUCAGAUUCAUGGGGAAACUUUAUUGCCUGAGCAGGACUUUCCUAAUGACUUGAGUCAGAAGAAUCAGAAGGUUGAUCAGAACUGUUCUCCCGAAGAACUUGUCAGAAUAUUGGCCAUACACGGGCUUCUACCAAGGAUUUUGGAGCAAGAUGGAUUCAGAAAGGCAGUCGCUUGCUUAAAUCCUAUGGUCAGUAUGCCAUCCCAUUAUGACUUCAUAGGGAACAUCUGUGACUUGUUUCAGCAAGAAAAGUCCAAGCUAAAGGACAAGUUAGCUGCUUUACAUAGUCGGGUUUGUUUGAGUGCUUAUAUCUGGAAUUAUGAUCCACACUUGGCCUUCUUGUGCUUGAGUGUUCACUACAUUGAUGAUGAAUGGGAGAAACAACAAAAGAUCAUCACAUUUUCUCCCGUGGACCCCUCUUGUGAUGCAAAAGAAUCUAGUAAUGUCAUAUUGGGGGCUAUUAGAGAAUGGGGUCUUCAUGACAAGGUUUUCAGCAUUAUAAUGGAUGAUGCUUUCAUUGAUGAUUCAGUAGCUUCAAAUGUCAAAGCCAGUCUACAGAAAUGGAGCGAAGCUGCUGCAAAUCUGAACUUGUUUGUAGUACGUUCUGCAACUCAUUUACUUGAUCAUGUUAUCCAGGUGGGACUGGAUGAACUUGACAGAAUCAUGGAGAAAUCAGCAAAGUGCCCCAAGUAUGCAAAGGGUUCCAACCGUGUAGCAGUACGUUAUCCCAACAGCAGAUAUGCACCAUCACCAAAAGACUGGAGAACGGCAAAUAAGAUUUGUGAAAUUUUGAGAGAUUUUCAUGAACACAUUGACUUGAUGCCAAACCUUCCUGGUCCAGCAGAUCUCUUUGGCACGCUGAGAAAAGUUUAUCGCAAGGCUGAUUUCGAGAGUCGAUAUGAGAGUGAUGAAGCAUUUUCCAAAGUGCUGGACAAGAUAAAACAGAAGUUUAAGGAACGCUGGAAACACUGUUUCUUGCAUUUCUGUAUGCCUAUGGUCAUGGAUCCUAAAUACAGUCUGAAAUGCAUCGAGCUCUUCAUUAAAGGCAACGAAAAGGAUGACUAUAUACAUGAAGUGUGUGAUACAUUUGUCAACCUCUUCAAUGAAUAUUUAGAUCAGGUGGAUUAUCCUCACUGCACUUCCAGGUCAGAAACUAGCAAGGGGACUGUUGAGAAUGCAGAUACGUUGUUGAGGUAUUAUCAGGACUCUAAGCACCAAUCUUGUGAGCGACCGUUGACUGAACUUGGCCAGUACCUGCAAGAAACCCGUCCUGCUUCAGGCAAGCCCAGUGUUCUCCAGUGGUGGAAGGAACAUAGCCUAACCUAUCCGACAAUUGCUCAGAUGGCACGCGAUAUUCUGGCACUACCAUGUAUUACUGCCUGCAAGGUAGCAACAAGAACUGCAGGACUAGCAAUGUGUGAGUCAGCUGACAAGAGCCGUAUUGAAAUGCUCGUAUGUACUCAAGAUUGGCUUACACCAGCCGGCAUGAGUAUUUAGAAAGAAUACUCCAUCCUUCCUAUUGUUCAGUGGAAGCUAGCAAGCUGCUGUCCUCAUUUACCGGUUUAUAGUCGCUGAAUAGGUGCUACUAGCAAUGGCUCAUUUUGUUGCCUCUUUGAUACAGGAUUCAACUACAAGAAACCACAUGUGCUGUGUCGAACUUGAAGCAAUCUUUUGUGUUUCGUUUAAUUACUGAUGGAGCUGUGUUGUAGUUUUUGUACGUAUCAGUAGUGUGGAGCCUGUCAGUAGUUCUUGCUUCUGGUUUCAGAUACUUUCUCCAAAAAGAAAAAAAUCAGAUGCUGUAACCUUAAGACAUGCUAUCUGAUCCUUGAUCAUACUCGUGUUCAGACAUUCA